AUGACCGAGACGGAGAUGAAGGUAGAUGCCGUCAGAGCCAAGGCUCUCGUCUCACAGCUGCAAGAUGUGCAGCAAAGGAUUGCCGCAGUGGCCAAGGGCCGGAAUGUCAGGCUGGUGGCCGUGUCGAAGCUGAAGCCGGCCAACGACAUCCUCGCCCUGCACGGCGCCCCGGCCAACCACGUGCACUUUGGCGAGAACUACGCCCAGGAGCUGGGCCAAAAGGCAGCGCUGCUGCCGCGCUCCAUCCGCUGGCACUUCAUCGGCGGCCUGCAGUCGAGCCACUGCAAGACCCUGGCCAAGAUCCCCAACCUGUUCGUCGUGUCGAGUGUCGACACCGCAAAGAAGGCCCAGCUGCUCAACAAGGCCCGCGGCGAUCUGAUCGCCUCCUCGGCCCAGGACCAGGACCAGGACCAGGAUCAGGACGUCCCCAGGCUCAACGUCCACGUCCAGGUCAACACCUCGGGCGAGGAGAGCAAGUCGGGCGUCGCACCGGGCGCCGACGUCGUGGCCCUGGCCCGCCUCGUCCUGACCGAGUGCCCGCACCUGAACCUGCUGGGCUUCAUGACCAUCGGCGCCAUCGCCCGCAGCGUCGCCACCACCCCCGAGAACGAGAACGAGGACUUUGUCCGCCUCAGGGAGCAGCGCGACCUCGUCUCCGCCGAGCUCGCGGACCUGCUGGCCGCCAGGGGCGACGACGCGCCCCCGCUGGAGCUGAGCAUGGGCAUGAGCGAGGACUUCGAGGGCGCCAUCGCCCUGGGCAGCAGCGAGGUCAGGGUCGGCAGCACCAUCUUCGGCACGAGGGGUCCCAAGUCCGAGGCCAAGAUUGUCGUGUGA